GACAAGUUUUCCAAUCCUUGAUCCUCUGUAUCUCUCUCUCUCUCUCCAACGUCUCUCUCUCUCUAUCACUCUCUGAUCCGAGCUUUCUGUCACGAAAUCUGCAUUUGUACGUCGUCCUUAACUCUCUCUGUUUUUACUUCCCAACUUUUUCGACUUUGACAGAAAAAGAUAGAAUCCCAACCAACUCCCCUUUUCCCUCUUUCACAAUUGUUUCCUCCUUUUUAUCGGAUUACUAUUACAGCUAAUCACAAACGUAAAUGCAAAUCGUCACAAUCCCCAAUCACAUUACUCUCUUUCCCUUGAACCAAGAACGAGGCAAGACAGCGAGAGAGAGAGAGAGAGAGAGAGAGAGUUCUAGAGAGAGAAGCUUCAUUCAUAUCUUCUUGAAUCUUAAUUUUCUUGAUUUGGGAGUAGUUGAUUGAUAUGGCUGUUGAAUCGCAAUUUUAUUCUGAGACUCAGGCGAUACCGGUCUAUGGCUCUGUUACGGUGAUGAAUACUCCUCAAGAGAAUCUUCAACAGAUUAGCCUUCUUCACCAGAAUCAAGGGUUUCCAUUUCGCGGAACGAACUUUUGUGAAGGGGGUUCUUCUGUAUCAAAUGGAGGUGGCCAUUUUGCGUCGCCGGGAUUUUCUGGGUCUUUAGCAGCUUUGCUCGAGAAGCAGAGGCAAGAGAUUGACUUGGUUCUUCAGCUUCAGAAUGAAAGAUUGAAAACUAUAUUGAUAAAAGAAUCCAAGCAACAGCAUGAUAUCCUCCUCCAAAGAUAUCACUCGAAAACGACGAACUUAAUGAGGCGAAAAGACGAAGACUUGGCAAUUGCGACGAAGAAAACAAUGGAGCUUGAGGAAUACUUGAGGGGCAUGGAAAUGGAGAGCCAAAAAUGGCAGAGGAAGGCCAGAGAGAACGAAGCAAAGGUCGCAGAGCUCAAUAACAGUCUGACCCAAGUCAGAGAGCGGGCCAUGGAGGCAGAAUCGGUCUGUGAUUUUUACCCGAACAGGGGAAACAGAGAGGAAAACAGAAACAGGGGGCAGGAAACAGAGGAGUCAGAAGCAGAACAGAGCAACAAAAGUGUGGAUUGCAAACUGUGUUUUUCGAAAAGGUGUUGUGUUGUUUUCCUUCCUUGUAGGCAUCUGUGCUCGUGCAAGUCUUGUGAAGGUUUUGUUGGGUUUUGUCCUGUUUGUAACUCUGCAAAGGAGGCCAGCAUGGAGGUGUACCUGGUCUGAACUCUGAAGAGGUAAAAAGGGUAAAGAAAGUGACUUUUUCCCUUUUUGUUUUGUAUAACAUUGGUGGGGUGAAAUGGAGAUUUUGUUUUGAUUCCCGCGUAGGCCUGUACUGUGUUAGUAGCAAUGAUUCUGUUGAUAGGGUGAAAAGUGAAUGGAAAUUGUUGCAAAAAAAAAGGAAAAAAAAGAAUCGUAAUUGAAG